UAUUUAUAUAAGGGAGAAAAAUCCCGUUGCCCUUUCCCGGGACCAACCAGAGCGGCCCGCUGGAGGCUUUUGCGACCAUGCCAGGCAGUUUUCUGUCCCUCCAGCAGCAGAGGGUGCUUGGCAGUCUAGGGAGGCUGUGGAGGGAGGGGGGCGGUCGCCCCUUCGCUGUCCAUGCGGGUGGGAGUCAAGGGGACGGGGCCAGGCUCCCCUUGGGCAAAGCUGUCAGCCGGUGGGUGUUUGCACAGGGCAUCCGGAGCUGGGCUGUAGCUGCCCCCUUGGCCAUGGCUGCCAAGGUGGAUUUGACCACGUCCACUGACUGGAAGGAGGCUAAAUCAUUUCUGAAAGGACUGAACAACAAACAGCGGCGUUCACAUUACUUCACUAAAGAUUUCAUCAAGCUGAAGCAGAUCCCAACAUGGAAAGAAAUGGCCAAAAGCGCUCGGAUCCAGCAACCUGAAGAAACCAUUUACCCAAAGGAUAAUAAUCUGAAUGGGAAAAUCUCCCUCUUCCGAGGAGACAUUACCAAGUUGGAGGUCGAUGCGAUCGUCAAUGCUGGUGAGUGA